CGCCUCCCGCCCUCAGCGCCACGCGUGUGUGUGCCGCAGCCGCCCGGCGCCUUCCUCUCCUCCUUCUUCCUCCUCCUCCUCUGGCACCGGCCUCGCGCCGCCUGGCGCUUGCGCAGCCUUGGCCGCCCGUUCUCCCCUUUUCCCCCCUCCCGAAGCUUCGUGAAGGUUCCGGCAGGCUCCGGGCGGCUCUUUCCGGCUUCCGGCUGGCCCCUCGCCGAGCGGUGCAGCGCUGGAGGCAGCCAUGUCGUUACUUUGCUACAACCGGGGCUGCGGGCAGCGCUUCGACCCCGAAACCAACACGGAGGAUUCAUGCACUUAUCAUCCAGGUGUGCCAGUCUUCCAUGAUGCACUCAAAUUGUAGAAACUGAUAUGCGGCCUAUCAUGUUCGAAAAACACCAUGAAAUUAGAAAAGUGUGCUUACUCAGACCUCAAGAAGUAGAAAACUGUACUCAUAUGGUCUAAAUGUCAUGCAAGUCGGGUUGGUCAUGUUGUAAGAGAAGAACAACAGAUUUUUCUGACUUCCUAAGUAUUGUGGGUUGCACAAAGGGUCGCCAUAACAGUGAGAAACCUCCUGAACCCGUUAAACCAGAAGUCAAAACCACCUCUGAACGAAAGGAGUUAGCGGAACUGAAACCCAAAUUUCAAGAACACAUAAUUAAGGCACCAAAACCAUUGGAAACAAUUCAAAGGCCAAGCCCAGAUGAGCCAAUGACAAAUCUGCAGCUGAAAGUGUCGGCUUCCUUGAAGCAAGCACUAGAUAAACUGAAACUAUCAUCAGAAAAUGAAGAGAAAAAAGAGGAAGACAGUGAUGAAAUCAAGAUUGGGACUGCAUGUAAAAACGCAGGCUGUUCAAAAACAUACGAAGGACCACAUAGCACAGAAGAAGUAUGUAUAUACCAUUCUGGCGUACCUAUAUUCCAUGAAGGGAUGAAGUAUUGGAGCUGCUGUAAAAGAAAAACAUCUGACUUCAAUACAUUUUUAGCUCAAGAAGGCUGCACAAGAGGAACACACGUUUGGACUAAAAAGGAUGCGGGAAAGAAAGUAGUUCCAUGCAGGCAUGAUUGGCACCAAACUGGAGGAGAAGUCACUAUUUCUGUAUAUGCAAAAAACUCUGUUCCUGAUCUGAGCUAUGUAGAAGCAAAUAGCACAAUGUUAAAUAUCCAUAUCGUAUUUGAAGGAGAAAAGGAAUUUCAUCGCAGUGUGAAAUUAUGGGGAGUAAUCGAUGUAAAGAGGAGUUAUGUAAACAUGACUGCUACAAAGAUUGAGCUUACUAUGAGAAAAGCAGAGCCCCUGUUAUGGGCAAGUCUUGAAUUGCCAGUAUCUGAUGCACAACAAAAAAAAGAGAAUUUGGAUCAAUAAUUCCAAGAGACAAGUUAUACCCAUUAUGAAGUGGUGACUUGCUACUGUAAUCAAAUAUUUAACUUUUAUAUAUAGAUUUUUUUUUAAUGCUUGAUCACAUGUUCUAUCUUACAAAGAAAUUUGACACACAGUAAAUGGGGAUGGUAAUAGCUAUUUCUACUCUUCGACCCAUGGUAUAUUUAUUCUAAUUUGAGUGAAUUCCAUGGGGAUUUAGAGUAAAAGAGCUAUUGCCCCUUACUUGCAACCUUACCUACCACUCACUGACUUUCCAAAUAGACGUGUUCUCAGUCUACUCUGUGUUUUAAUUUUUUAAGUGUUCAGUUUAGACUGGAUCUGCUAGGUAGCACAUGUUAAAUUCAGCACGGUUCAUUAUGCAGCAUAUAGUAAUACAGAUAGAAAAAUAUGAGCUUAUGAAGUGAAUUUCUACAUCUAGAAUGAAAAGGUACAUGAACGUAAAUAUGAAAGAACACUUUGUAGACUUGCAUUUUUGUCCUGUGAAACUAUGGAAUAAACAGUAUUUUGCUAAGGAUAUCAGUACUUGAUGACUCUUUUGCUGGUUUUCGUUCAUAAAAGCAGGAGAUCAGAUUAAAAUGAAACCAAAGUUGGCAAGAGGGUAUUUUUUACUCCAAUGCCUUUUGGUAUUGGAAUUUUUAAAUAUAAAAGUGAAUGGACAGUGAAAUGCCCAAAUAACUUAGCAUAGUAGCUGUGAAGAAUAUACAAGCAGCAGACUGUUGUAAAAUUACCAAAGUGCUGUAUAUAUUCAACAGUCUUUAGAACAUAUAUUCUGUCCUAUUCUGCAACAUUCAAAAUUGUGAAUCUUUUUUCAAAAUAGGUGGAUAUGUGUAGUAGGAGAGACCAGUACACACUGUAGGUGUCUGAAGAAAAUUAUUUUCACGUAGAUGUGCAUAGCUCUUGUUUCUGCAGAUGGUAAUCUAAGAACCAAAUUUAUCUACUGGAAAAAUCUUGGGAGAAACAAACAACAAGCUUUAAAACGUCUGUCUCAAACCAUAAUUGUACCUUUGAAUUAAAAAAAAAAAAAUUUCUUUUGAACACCGGAAGCAAAAUACUGUAAUUAGAAAUUAAGAUGUUAUUUUUUGUUCAGUUAUGCAUCAGUAAAGAUUUGUGGCUGAAGACGAGACUUUUAUCCAAUCAGCAACACGUGCAGUAAUGUUGCUUUCUUUUUAUACUUAAAAUAGGUUCUUAAUUUGGGAUUGCAGUUGAAAGAAAAAGCAAUGUUUUUGUACAUGAGUCGUGCAAAAUGUACACCAUAGUUUAUUGUGCUGAAACUUAUAUAUGUAAACAAGCAGUCCUGUGGACUAUUGAAAUAUGUGGAUGCUCAUCUACCUACCUUUGCAGAUCUUGAAUAAUGACAAGAGAAAGACAGAAUGUAAUAAAGGCAUUCUGAAGUUAAAUGUGGAUUUCUAAGUUUCCCAACUGAUAUAAUUUGAUUUGAGUUCAGAGUUCUGUCUCUAGCAGUACUUCAAAUCCUACUUCAUGCAUAAAGUAGUAGGAAAUACAUUACCAAAGAAACCAUUCCGAAACAUGGAGAAAGUAACACCAGUGCUAUAUCUGUGAAAUUUGUUCUGGUGCUUUUUUACCUUCUGUUCCAGAUCCCAAUGCCUCACUGACUUGGAUGGUUGCUGCCUCCCUUGGGCCUCUAUUAAAAAUUUCAGCUCAAAAGAUUCUAUUAACUUCUAGUAAUACCUUUUUUUUAAAAAAAAGAAAAAUAAUUAUUUCAAAAUGUUACAUACUGUGAUGUGAUAGGGGUCAAGCGUAUAAAAAUGUAUGCCUGCAGAUGGUCCUCUAAAAAUUGAACAGGCGUUCCCUGAUGUGUUCUGAACCAACAAGUACAGCUCUUGGUAUAAUUCUGGGAACAAGCACUUCAGUGGACGAGAAAUACUAUAUAGCUGUAGCUACUAGCGUACCAUCUGUGGUUUUUGUAUGCAGAACUCUGAAUUUGGACAGCAAAAUGAGCAGUGUUUAAAUGGCAGGAUAAAGUUUUUAACAAGCGAGUUCAAAUGUGUGUCUAUUCAUAUAGAUAUAUAAAUACCCUAAAUAUCUUAUUUUUUCACAUUUUUGUAACAUUUUCAAUUUAUUUGCAUUCUCACAUGCUGUAGGUUUAUAUCAUAUAAAAUCCAUUUUAAAGAAUUAUAUAAGGUUAAUAGAAUUUCCCGGGAAACAGAAUUUUUUAAGCAAAUCUUAUUCUCCCAUAGUAUUCUAAAUGCUAAAUGGGGAGAAAUGUGGAUGAAUGUACCUUCUGUGUCUAAUGCUGCAGUCUUUGGGUCCCUGUCGCUAUUUGUUAUAUCCUUUAAAACUACAUUCUGCUGGUAACUGAGUCAACUUGGCAGUAAGUAGAAGAAAGCUCCUGUAAACAUGGUCCUCAGCUUUGCUUUUGCUUCUUUUUCAUUUCUCCUACUCUCUUUUAUUUAUACUUUCAGCGCAAAAUUAAAGAGACUUAAGGAAUUCCUUAAUGACUUUCCCCAGUUGAUGGCAAUAAAAUCAAUUUUAAAAUUCACCUCUUUAAAAAAAAUUUUUUUAAAAAAAAGCUAACUUUGAUCAGGCAAGAAAGUAUGGGGUUUGCAAAUAAUUGCCUAGUUUUUUAUGGCCUGUGAUGUAGUUCAAAAUAAAAGGAUAAACCUUCAGCUGGUACAGACUGCUGUAAGCAUCUUGUUUAACUGCAUUAACUCUUUGCAUCUUUUUAUAACCAUAUGUCUGCGUCUAUCAUCAAGCUGCAAAAGCUUUGUAGCUUACUGAAUUUGAGUGUUUUGAGCAGUUGCUUAGAACAGGCUUCAAAACACCGAUGUUGGAUCUCUUAGUAUUUGAUGAAAUUGUCUUUUCGUGGAUGGUGGUAGCUGACAUCUCCACAGAGUAUUUGCUUGGCCUUAACUUCUGUUAGUGAAUGUGGAGAGAAGAUGAAAGCAAAUGUAGUGUACCAACCCAGUCGCAGUACUUUUUCAAAAGCAAGAUUUUAAAACUCAGCUGGGUGAUUUUUGAUUGCGUAAGCUUUCACUUACCGAAUAAUAGUGAAACUAAAUUGCAAACAAGUACAUGCUGGAAUACUUGCUGUUCAAUUUACCCUGGUUUUCAUGUUUUCAGAAGUUGUGCUAUAUUUAACAAGUUGGUAAACUUGCUGCAGUUCAGACAUAUGUUUAUAAUGAGUCUCUAGCUGUUGUGUUUCAGUAUGGGUUUAUGUGCUGCACAGGUAGACAAUGUAUUGGAUGUCUCAGAAUUGACUGUCCGGGUGCAUAUAAAACUUUUGAUGUACAAAUCCUUUUUAACAUGAAAUAUCUCAUGGGUAUACAAGUUUGUGACAGAAAUCUUUUCUCUCAUGUAUAAGGUCAUUUUCCUACCUACCAUUACGUAUUGUAUCUGUAACAACAUUUCUUGGAGGAGUUCGUAUUUAUUUUUAAUGUUAAUACAUUGUUAAGCACUGGGCUGUUCAGCUGCUCUGGCUCUUAUGUUUUACGUGGCACUGAUGUUAAGUGGACAUUGGAUGAUCUUCUGGAACGCGUACAUUAUCAAGUCACCAUUUCAGUAGUUUAGGGAUUAGUUUUACUAGGAAUUUUGCCUUGAAAAAAAUCUACUUAUUCUGUGUAAUGAUGCAUAUUUUGCUUGCGCUCUUCAAACAUGGCAUGAGUACUGGUUAAAUACUGCACCUGAUAAUCACUGGUCUUUCCCAAUUGCUACUAAAUUUUUUUUUAUCUCCGUUCAGAAUCCUUUUUGAAGUAAUGAGUUAUGUGUCUGGAACACUGUUUUAAGGCAGUAAUAAUUUUGCUGUUACAAGAGUCUUGGAUUACAGCUGAAGGGGGGAGAUGUCUUUUUGCAUGGCGGUUAGAUUCUGCACUUUUGUAAAACUCAUUUGCAGAAAUUAAUCUCACGUCUUCAUGCUCCGAUUUUUUUUUUAAAUGUAUUCAAUAAAAUUGUUAUUACUUGCUGGUUGCAUUUGGGUUUUUUUGACUUCUUUUGUUGCGGAAAAGAACUUUCUUUUGGAUUUGCACCACUGUGGCUGAAAUAAAAUGUAAAUGGGCAUUUUCCACAGAUCAGCCUACAUAUGAGGGCAACUGUGGCAAAAGUGUUUCCCCCCAUCUUGGUUUUAGAAUUGCCUGUGGUUUUCUAACACAACAGCCUUGUCAAGAUACAUAUAUUUUGCAACAAUUUGAGUAAUGUGGCUACUCAGAUGGAAGCCUGUCUCAUUCACAGAAGCUGUUCUAUCCAAGAAUUGUGAGCCAUGACAAACUUAUAACCAGAAUAAUUGCAGCACAAUAUUAGAGCUGUUCUAAGAAUACUGAAGGUACAGCUCUACUGAUUUUUUUUUUUUUCUGUUUUCUUUUUUCUUCAAAGAAGGAGGAAGAUACGUGUCAAGACCUCUGGCAUUCCCACAAUGGAGAGAAAAAAGAUUCACAGCUUCAGUCCUGAAAUUUUCUCCGUUUACUGUAUUUUCUUGAAGUUUGAGUAGGUGUUUUAACCAAAGAGAACCAAGAUACUGUCACAGACAUAAGCUAAUCCACAGUUACUGUGGCAAAUGAUUGUGAAAUUCAGUUUCUCCGAGUUCAUCUGCAAAAUGAAGGGCAGGUGUUGAGGAGGUACGAUGUUAGCAGUAAGGAUGAUGGGUGGGUAAAGGAUGGUGUUUAGGCAUCUCCGGAGGCAGCACAGAUUUCAACUCAUAUUCAUAAGGCCAAUUUUUUCCUAUUAGGUGGCCAAACAUUUUGUUUUCAUAGAAUCAUGGAAUCCGUAGGUUGGAAAAGACCUUUGAGAUAAUAAAGCCCAACCAUACCUGUUCACUACUAAAUUAUAUCCCUAAGCACUUCAUCUACCUGUCUUUUAAAUUCCCCCAGGGAUGGUGACUGAACCACUUCCCUGGGCAGCCUGUUCCAGUGCCUGAUAACCCUUUUGUUGAAGGAAUCUUUCCUAAUGUCCAAUCUGAACCUCCCCCGGCACAGCUAGAGGCCAUUCCCUCUUAUCCUAUCACCUAUCACUUAGGAGAAGAGACCAACACCCACCUCUACAACAUUAUUUCUGGAAGUUGUAGACAGUGAUAAGGUCUCCCCUCAGCCUCCUUUUCGCUAGGCUAAACAAGCCCAGCUCCCUCAGCCUCUCCUCCUAAGACUUGUUUUCCAGUCCCUUCACCAGCUUUGUUGUUCUUUUUUGGAUACACUCCAGCAUCUCAAUGUCCUUCUUGUAGCGAGGGGCCCAAAACUGAACACAGUACUUGCAGUGCUGUCUCACCAGUGCUGAUUAUAGGGGCAGAAUCACUUCUCAAGUGCUUCUGGCCACGCUGUUUCUGAUACAAGCUAAGAUGCUGUUGGCUGCCUUGGCCACGUGGGCUCAUGUUCAGUCAACUGUCAACCAACACCAUCAAGUCCUUCUCCACCAGACAACUUUCUAGCCACUCUUCCACAAGCCUAUAGUGCUACAUGGGGUUGUUGCGUCCCAAGUGCCACAGUCUGUACUUGGCCUUGUUAAACCUCCCAAUGUAUCAGUGUGUUUUUCUGUAGCUUAACUGAUCAAUCUAUAUAAUGACUUGAUUCUGGUUCGAGAAAGUGUACAGGGUUUUUUUGAAGCCUGUGUUUCUGUGUAAGAAGGAAGCAUCCUCUUGAAUAAAGUAUUUUUGUUACAUACUGAUAA